AUGAUUCGGUUCAUCAAAUUCCUCCUACUUGGCCUCCCAGCCUUUUCAUCUGUCGUACAGGCAGCUGACUGCAAGAGUAAUGCGAUCCAGCACAAGGAUGUGCUCGGCUGCACUUGCCAAGAUCACAAAGAUUUCUGCUCAACCGCCAGCCCCUUGUGUAAAACCUGCAAGUUGGAAAUAAAAGAGAGAAAGACUACAAGUCCGUACCCGGCUUGCGUCCCUGGAUGUACGGACAAUGACGCACCGUGUAAGAGUUGUGGCAUCUGGUUUUCUACUCUUUGCAUCCAUAUAAAAGACUGCCUCAAUGGGAAAGCAUGCGAUGCCUCCGGCCCAGUCAAACAAAAUGGCCCCAUGGUAUGGGUAUAUCUGCCAGGGGGCGAUGAGCCACUCAUUACGACUACGGACCCCCUUCCUGGAAUCUUGGAAAUGGCCGAGCAUCCGACAAUUUACAAGGAUGCGUUCAACUUUGCUCAAGACCCAAAGCAUUUUGAUCCCAACAGCAGAGCUUUGGUGCUGAAUUCAGUUCGGUCGAGGACCAUGGAGCAGUUUCACAUCCACAAGUGUUACAGGCCUACUACUGGAAGCCCCCGAGCUUUGGCGAGACUCGACCAUGCAAAACUUGUUACGGGCAACAAACUGCAGGAAAUCCUGCCCAGAAAGCCAAGUGAGCCCAGAAUUUGGUGCAUGGGCGUCGCAAAAAACCAGGGCCCAGUCACAGACUUUGUGCAAGCUAUAGAAGAAUUAUUGCACCGGGGUGGGAAGGAUUACAUUUGCCCAGGACUUGCUGGCGCAGCUGUCAUACAAGACAAUAAUGGAAGGAGGUGGGGAUGUGUUACCAACAACCAGCAGGGGCCAUUGCCGUAUUUCUGUGCUGGACAUAACCACUGA